GGCAGGUGCGCGGACAUCCUCCCUCCGCCUAGCGGUGCGGCCGCCGCGCGACUCGCCGGGAGCCCGGCGCUGCCGGGCCCAGGGGUUGGCAUGGCCUGACCGCCCGCAGCGGCGGCGGCGGCAGCAUGGGGAACCAGGACGCGAAGCCGAAGAGAAGCGCGGGCGAUGUCCCGCAUGGAGGCGGCGGUGGUGAGGACGCCGCUGUGCCCCGCGAGGCCGAGGGCACAAAGAAGGCGGGCGGGGGCAAGAAGGCGCCAGGCCGGCACGGAAAAGGGGGCGGCGGCGCGGAGCCGGGCCGGAAGAAGAGCCGCUCGGACCCCAGGGCCUCGGUGUUCUCCAACCUGCGCAUCCGGAAGACCCUGUCCAAGGGCCGAGGUACCGGCGGCUCUCGUGAGGAUGUGCUGGACCCCCAGGCCCUGCAGGCCGGCGAGCUGGACAGCGCCCACUCUCUGGUUACCAAAACCCCAGACCUCAGCCUCUCAGCUGAUGAGACGGGCCUGUCGGAUACCGAAUGUGCGGAUCCUUUCGAGGUGACGCGUCCCGGGGGUCCCAGCUUGGCUAGGGUCGGCGGCCCGGCAGUGGCCGAGUAUUCGGAGACCGCGGCGGGGGCGCAGGAUGGACAAAGGACCAGCUCGGGCUCAGACACAGACCUCUACAGUUUUCACUCGGCCGCGGAGCAGGAGGACUUGCUCUCGGACAUCCAGCAGGCGAUCCGCCUCCAGCAACUGCAGCAGCAGUCCCCGGGCCCCGAGUCGCCCCCGGUGUCGCUCCCCUCCCCCGCCCCUCUGCCUGGGGCCCUGCCGGGCCUGGACCGACCCCCACCGGGCCCCAGCGCCGAAGCGGCGCUGUCCGCGCCCCUCGACAGGCCCGCGGCCGCAGAGCCACCAGCAGCCACCGCCUUCGCGUCUCCUGGGUCGGUUCCGGGGGAACGAGGGGCAGCGGACACGGACGAGGAAGGCGAGGAGGACGCCUUCGAGGACGCACCCCGAGACUCUCCGGGGGUGGAGUGUGGCCUGGCGGCGGGAGAGGCCCCACGCACGCCAGGGGCGACGCGCGAGGAGGGCGCGCCGAAGCCUGUCUUCCCCGUGACCGCCUCCCCGCCACGCAGUCCCGCUCACAGCCCGCGCCGCCCCCGGGCCCGCCCGCUCCUGGCGCCCUGUUAUGUCAGGACCACCACCCGGCAGCUCAGCUCGCCAGGGCCCUCCCCGUCUCCGUCCCCCAGCCACAGCCCCCGGGUCCAGAGACGCCCGGAGUCCUCCCUGGGCCGCGGUUCCGGAGCCACCGCGGCCCCCGCCGCUGCCCCGGCUAGGAAGCCCCGCGCGGGCCGCAGCCGCUCGGCCGACUGGACUGCGGAGCUGGGCCGUGCCCCCGGGGCGGGGGUCUCGGCGCACCUGGUGCAGCGCGGGGCAGGCGGCCUCCAGGGUGUGUUCGCAGGGAGAACUCUGCUGGAGAAGCUGUUCAGCCAGCAGGAGAACGGGCCUCCAGAAGAAGCAGAGAAGUUCUGCUCGCGGAUCAUCGCCAUGGGGCUCCUCCUGCCUUUCAGCGACUGCUUCCGGGAACCGUGCGGGCAGAACGCCCAGUCCAGCUCGGUUCCAUUUGAUCAAGAUCGACUUUACACCUGGGCUGCAGUUAGUCAGCCUACACACUCACUGGAUUAUGUCGAAGGGCAGUUUCCCAGGAGAGUCCCAGCUGCUUGGCCACCAUCUAAACCUCCUGAUGAAGAACAAAGGCCUAAGGAUGCUGACACAGACUCUCAAUCUGCUGUUUUAGAAACUCCGAAAAAAUGUUCAGAUGCUGCUCAGCAGGAAGUGUGCGACAUGAAGUCUGAGGGUCAGGCCACUGUCAUCCAGCGGCUGGAGCAGACCAUCGAGGAUCUGAAGACCAAGAUAGCUGAGCUGGAGAAACAAUAUCCCGCCCUAGACACGGGUCUGGAAGCCCUCAAGUUGGGCGAAAAGGAUGUCGGAUAUGAAAGGAUUGUACAGGCCAAGUCCAUCCAGACGUCCCCGAUGGAAGAUGGUGGUGUGCUAGCACGUCCUCCUGGGGGGGCCCCGCUGGUGGGCCCCCUACCCUUGACCGCACAUGGAGAAUCAGCAGGGCUGCCCUUGCCUUUGGGACCUCAGACCAUGUUCUGCUCAGAAAUCUCUUUGGUCGUGUCUCCAAGGCGAAUAUCAGUUCAGCUUGAUGCACAGCCGUCCCUCCAGCCUCCACCGCCUGCAUCCCUCCCCUGGUCUGACAGUCACGGACAGGCGGGGUCCCAGCCUUCCCAUCCUCUUCACACUGGGUUUGAAACCAGCCAGGAGCACUCUGCUUUCCCCUCCUCUGGAAACGGCUGUGACAUCCCCACUGCACCACCUCUGCCUCCAGAGACCUCCCCCCUGAUGCCUGGCGUGGGGACCGAGGCUUCCCCAGCACCCCUGACCCCCGGUGCACCUGGGCCUGCACUGCCCAGUCCAGCAGGCCUCUCACCUCCUCCUUGUUUAGGUCCAGAGAUGCUGCCACCCCCUCCUCUACCUUUGCCUGGAGUGGGGAUCCCUCCCGCCCCCCCUCUUCCCGGGGUGGGGAUCCCUCCCGCCCCCCCUCUUCCCGGGGUGGGGAUCCCUCCCGCCCCCCCUCUUCCCGGGGUGGGGAUCCCUCCCGCCCCCCCUCUUCCCGGGGUGGGGAUCCCUCCCGCCCCCCCUCUUCCCGGGGUGGGGAUCCCUCCCGCCCCCCCUCUUCCCGGGGUGGGGAUCCCUCCUCCCCCGCCCCUUCCCGGGGUGGGGAUCCCUCCUCCCCCGCCCCUUCCCGGGGUGGGGAUCCCUCCAGCGCCCCCUCUUCCCGGGGUGGGGAUCCCUCCUCCCCCGCCCCUUCCCGGGGUGGGGAUCCCUCCUCCCCCGCCCCUUCCCGGGGUGGGCAUCCCUCCUCCCCCUCCCCUUCCCGGGGUGGGCAUCCCUCCUCCCCCUCCUCUUCCAGGCAUGGGAAUACCCCCCACCCCCCCUCUUCCAGGAGUGGGAAUUUCUCCUCCCCCACCUCUUUCCAGUGAAGGAAUACCUCCUGCCCCACCUCCUCCUCCUCCUCCUCCCGGUGUGGGGAUUCCACCUCCUCUAACCCCUCCGCCCCUACCCACUGCUGGAUCAGGCCUUCCUCUCCCACGACAAGUUGGGAGUAGCACUUUACCGACACCUCAGGUGUGUGGCUUUCUUCCUCCUCCGUUGCCUCUUGGCUUGUUUGGAUUUGGGAUGAAUCAGGAAAAAGGGAGUAGGAAGCAGCCAGUAGAGCCUUGUCGGCCAAUGAAGCCUCUAUAUUGGACAAGAAUUCAGCUGCAUAGUAGAAGAGACUCCAGUGCUUCACUUAUUUGGGAAAAAAUUGAAGAACCAUCCAUAGAUUGUCAUGAAUUUGAGGAAUUGUUUUCUAAAUCUACUGUCAAGGAAAGGAAGAAACCCAUUUCUGACACCAUCACAAAGACCAAGGCUAAGCAAGUUGUCAAGCUACUAAGCAACAAAAGGUCUCAAGCAGUUGGAAUAUUGAUGUCUAGCCUUCACUUAGAUAUGAAAGAUAUACAACAUGCUGUGGUGAACUUGGACAAUUCUGUGGUUGACCUGGAGACCCUUCAAGCUCUCUAUGAGAAUAGAGCACAGUCAGAUGAACUGGAAAAAAUUGAAAAGCAUGGUCGGUCCUCCAAAGACAAGGAGAACGCCAAGUCUCUGGACAAGCCUGAGCAGUUCCUUUAUGAACUGUCACUAAUCCCCAACUUUUCAGAGCGAGUCUUUUGCAUCCUGUUUCAGUCCACAUUUUCAGAAAGCAUUUGCUCAAUUCGGCGCAAACUGGAGCUGCUACAGAAGUUGUGUGAGACAUUAAAACAUGGCUCAGGGGUUAUGCAGGUUUUGGGUUUGGUUCUUGCCUUUGGCAACUACAUGAAUGGUGGAAAUAAUACUCGGGGACAGGCAGACGGUUUUGGAUUAGAUAUUCUCCCGAAGCUGAAAGAUGUUAAAAGCAGUGACAAUAGCAGAAGCCUGUUGUCGUACAUCGUGUCAUAUUAUCUGCGCAAUUUUGAUGAGGACGCUGGGAAAGAACAGUGUGUGUUUCCACUGCCCGAACCCCAGGACCUUUUUCAGGCCUCGCAGAUGAAGUUUGAAGAUUUUCAAAAAGACCUCAGAAAACUCAAGAAAGACCUGAGAGCCUGUGAAGUUGAAGCAGGGAAAGUUUACCAAGUGUCGUCAAAAGAGCACAUCCAGCCUUUCAAAGAAAACAUGGAACAAUUUAUUAUUCAAGCUAAAAUUGACCAAGAAGCAGAGGAGAACUCACUGACAGAAACUCAUAAGUGCUUUUUGGAGACUACAGCCUAUUUCUUCAUGAGACCAAAACUUGGAGAGAAGGAAGUGUCCCCAAACGUUUUCUUCGGUAUCUGGCAUGAAUUCAGCUCUGACUUUAAAGACUUUUGGAAGAAAGAGAACAAACUUAUCCUACAAGAAAGAGUAAAAGAAGCUGAAGAGGUGUGUAGGCAGAAAAAGGGAAAGUCACUCUAUAAAAUAAAACCAAGACAUGACUCUGGAAUUAAAGCAAAAAUUAGCAUGAAAACCUGACCAAUGAAAAGCAGAACAAAAAUGAGUCACUGCAGCCGCUUCCACAGAAUUCAGCCGGCCUGAGGGCAGAAGGAAACUCGUCAUUUUGAUCAUGUUUCUUCUUGGCCUCUUGCAUAAUCUUUAUGCUUUCCAGACAGUUUACUGGUUGUUGAAUUCUACACUGUAUUCAUAUAAAAAUGCAAAAGCAGUAGGCCAGUGGAGAAUGUGACACUUUUUCUUUUUGUAAAAGUUUAUGGUAUUUUACCAAUAGACCAAAACAGCAUGUGUAAGAGGCAGUAUCUGCAUUAAUUCUGAACAUGCGAAACAGUAACCUCCAACUUACUGUUGUGAGACUAUUCCCUGUCACAGCGAAACGCUCUUUCUCCUGACGACCAGUACUCCACGUCACUGCAUUUAGAUUUAUGGUUAACAUGAUAUUUCUAGUGACUUGUUUGUAUCAGUUUCACAUCUACAUAUAAAUUUUCUAUUUUAAAAUUGAGGUACCAUUUAUAUGUGUCAUAGAUAAGGCUUUCCCAGCUCUUGGGUUGGCCUCUGUAACUAUAUAUUUGUGAAAGAAGAUUAUCAUUUUUUUUAAUUCAUCAGACAAUGAAUAAAAAAAAAUAUAGCAAAAGGAAAACCCUUUCUAUACAUCAUUUAAUAUAGGCAGGAAUCAUAAUUUUAAGUUAAAUGAGGGCCUUUAUCAACCAUGUCCUUUAGGACCUACAUAAAGCCAGUCUGCAGCAAAGGCCAAUUAAACCAAAGUCGUGCCUCUCGGUAACUUUUACCAUUGCCCUUCUCAAAGAAAAUGACACAGUGCUUUUAAAUGAUCCUCAUAAAAUUGCCAAAUAUGAUAACUGUUGGCAAAAAAAAAAUAAUAACUCUUAGAUGGAUUGAUAUCUACCUAGGACUUGUUCAUUAAACCCACCUGCCUGGGUAUUGUGACUUGAUUGGGGUUUUCUUUAUGUGUUACGGCAGUUAAUCAAAAGCUAUGAAAUGAGUAUGCAAGAGUUUAUGAUCUAAAGGAGCCUAGGAAAAUAUUUUAUUUUAGUUUGAGAGGGAAAAAGUAUAUCUCCACUCUUUCUGAGAGUAUUUUAAAGUCACUCCUGAAGCAUUGUGAUGGCUUUGUCUAACAUUAAUAGAUUUUUAAAAAUGAUAUGUCCUGGGGUAUGGCUAUGAAUAAAGGGGAGAAUGUGUUGCUAUUGCAAACCAAUUAUGGAAGCAACUUACAAAGAAAAUCUGAAUUGUAACUAUGUUUCUAUUUAUGUAAAAUACUGUCCUUACCUUUCAGUCUGUAGCUGAUGUGCACAGACACAGUAGUGGCUCUCGGGUUGCUGUUCUGCCAUCUUCCUGUCUCCUUCAGUCCCUCCAUGUGUAUAUGAACUUUGAUGAUAUAAUGGGGCAUUUAACAGAGAUUGCUAUGUGCAAUACUGUAUUUAGUGUUUCUAUUUUAAUUUUUCUAGGAUGUUAAUUUAUAUGAAAAUAAAAUGCAUAAUAAAAGA